AUGGCAAAGAUUAACGCGACCUACAGCUCCGGCUACUACCUCGCACCGGACACCGACUACCGCAAGCUCGAGGAGGCGCAGCAGCAGAAGCGGAAGCGGCGACGGCAGGAAGAGAAGGAUGGCGAUUUAGACGCAUCCUUCGGUGGCGGGGUCAUUCGACAGACGUUCGCGAUGCCGUUUAACAUCAUCUGUCUACACUGCGACCAUCGCAUCGCCCGUGGAACGCAUGGGUACGUCAACCGGCGGCCGACGAAGGAGAAGUUUAUGGGCAUCCGCAUAUGGGAGCUCGAGUUCCGCUGCAUUUUCUGCAAGGGACAUAUCUACUUGACCACGGACUACGAAACCGCCAAGCUAACAGGUGGAUAUCACUGCAGUCGCAACUGCAGGCGCGGCGAGGGGGACUUCUACGGGACGAACCAAAUCAAUGAGGCUAUCCGGGCAAAGCAGGCGACAGAGGAGGCGGAGAAGGGAUCACUGGACACAUUGGAGCGGGAGAACGAGGCGAUGCGGCAACUACAGGAACGCGAGCGUCUGAUUGGGGAGCUUGUGGAGUCGCGGGCAGCCACGGACGGGGACCGGAUCCGCGACGAACUCCUGCAGGCCAUUCAGGCAAGGAAGCGGACAAAGGUGACAGAUCAACACAAAGGUGGAGCCAGCGAGGGUGAGGCAGACGACACCACAGACAAGGUGUCUGCCGACGACGAGGACGACGAGGCAUACCGGCGCUUUGAGAGACAGCUGCGGUAUUGGCAGGAGGAGGCGGAGCGGGUGCUGCAAAGUCACUCAAAAGGUGGUGGUGCUGGGGAGGAUGACAAGGUGGCCGCGACGAUCACGGCCAAGUAUACUGAUCACGGGAACAAGCGGCAUAAUGUCUUUAUGGACGGAUCGGACUCCAGCUCCGACGCUGAGAAUGACAAGGGUGGUCAUGGGCACACCACGAUGCCCCUAAAGAAGGAUCGAGUGACUCCCGUAGUGGCAGCAUCCAGCACUACCACUGAACACCAUAAAGGUAGCGCGCUGGCGUCCCUGCUGAAUGACUUGUAA